AUGAAGGGCGGAUAUACUAGAUUGUUUGACGAUGCCGCUUCUGGCGAUAGAGUCAGCGAGUAUGCGGAUGCGCAUUCCACGCCGUUGCCGGACUUCAUCACCGCGUACCAUGCGAGUGCGUCGGAGAAGAGGGAUGAUUCUGAGAUGCUGAGCUCGAAUUUCCAGAGCAAGAUGCACUUGUUUCUGGCGAGGGCCAUUGGCGCCAAGAGAGUUCUCGAAGUAGGCGUAUACGUAGGCUACUCAGCCAUGCUAUGGGCCCACGCCACCGGUCCAGACGGCCAAGUCACAGGCCUCGAAUACAGCCCCGAGCUCGCCAAGAUCGCAGAGGAAGCCAUCGCAAAGGAAGGCCUCAACAACAUCGAAAUCAUUGUGGGCAACGCCGCAGAGACUCUGCCCAAGGUGAAGCCCUCUGCUCCCUACGACAUCAUCUUCCUGGACGCCGAUAAGCCAGGCUACUCGAAUUACCUGUCUAUUAUUCUUGCCAAUUCCCAGCCCGGCAGCCAGAACCGCCUCCUCCGGCCGGGAGGGUUGAUUAUUGCGGAUAACGUCCUGCGGAGGGGUCAUGUGGCAGACCCGUCUAAGACGGAUCGUGAGAUGAGGGAUGCGGGUGAGUGGCGGUUGCAUAUUGAGGCGGUGAGGAAGUUUAAUGAUAUGGUUGUGGGUGAGAAGCGGUUGGAGUCGUUUUUGACGCCGUUGUGGGAUGGGUUGAGUUUGAUUAGGCUUGUGGAUUAG